AUGAAAGAACUGACAGAGGUGUUAACAGUGCAUAGAAGAGUUUCAUCCAGCAGUGUCAUUUAUCCCACUGGUGCGAAAUGGAAACGAGCAGGGAAAAGACUGAAGAGGAUUUUAACAGGCAGAUCAUCGAGGGAAGAUGAUCUGGACACGGGAAGCAAGGUACCAAAGCAGGGUCAGAUUGAGAGCGGUGUCCCAAUGGAAUGCGAUCCGGCCGCAGAGGAGGAGGAGCAAAUUCAGCCCAGAGAGAAGCCAGGGUUUACAAUCUCCGACCUCCUGGCACAGGGGGAGGAAUAUCGACUGUACCAGCUGACAAAGUUCUACAGGGACAGACUCAAACAAGCAAUUGAAGAAAAGGUUGAGAGACUCGGUUUGAUGUUGACAAAGGAGGGACAUUUCAGUAGAGAAGAAAAUGAGAAAGUCACUGAGCUGAUAGAGAAGGGAAACCGGGCAGAGAGUUCCAGACUCUUCCUCAGUCUGGUGAAUGGCAAAGGCUCCCGGGCCCGGAGGGCGAUGUGGGAAUCCUUUCUGAUGUGGAGGACUGAGUUACCGAAGUUGGACAGAAUACUGAGGGAAAUACAGGAACUCGGUCCUGAUCCACAGGAAUACAUGAACAUCGCCCAAGGUUUAUCUGAAUUACCCACUCAGCUGAUAGAUGUCCAACAGAAACACAAGGAGACUCUGCGGACACGAACUGAAACACUGAGAGUGAACACGAUCCUGAUGACGGAGAAGGUGAAGGUUUUCCAGCUGGCUGAUCGAUACGCUGAGCUCACGGUCAUUUCUACUGUUCGAGAUUGGAGACUGGUGGAACAUGAGCUGCUGGCAAGAGGCAGAGACCAUGAGGAUUAUAGAGAGAAACAACUCCGCAGACAGCUGGAAAAAAUCCGUACUGAUCAGUUAUUCCAGAGCAGCUUUUCCCGGAGUAAAUCCAGAUCUGGGAGUUCAGCAGCAGUGGCCGGAGUCCCGGGGAUCGGGAAAACAACGAUGGUACAAAAGAUUGUUUAUGACUGGGCCAUGGGGAAAAUAUACCAACAGUUCCAGUUUGUCUUCAGUUUCAAAUUCCGAGAUUUAAACAGUAUUGACUGUCGAAUAAACCUGAAGGAACUGAUUCUGGAUCAGUAUCCUUACUUUGGGAAUAUCCUGAGAGAAGUCUGGAAGAACCCAGAGGGAUUACUGUUUAUAUUCGAUGGUUCAGAUGAAUUCAAACACAAAAUCGAUUUUGCGGACAGUCGGAGAGAUGCAGAUCUUAAGCACAAGUGCUCAGAUCCCGAGUGGAAGUGUGAAGUGUCGGACAUUGUGAACAUGCAAACUCAGGAUGUAAGCGCAGUUCAGUAA